AUGUCGGCCGCAAGACUCAUCGCCACAACGCGCUCCACCGCCCGCAUCGCCCGCGCGCGCCCUGGCCUGUACGCCGCGGCUGCCACCCGCCGGCUGCACCAGGAGCAGGACCCCAAGGACAACGGCGCGAGCGUCAUCGACGGGCUCGCCGGGGGCAGCGCAAAGGGCCGCACGGGCGGGGGCAAGCCGCUCAGCAGCUCGUCCAAGAACGCACCGCCGCAACCCAAGAUCACCAACCAGAGCGUGCCGGGCAACUCGCAGAUGGCGCAGCUGACCGAGGAGCAGCGGCGCGAGGUCGAGGAGCACAACCGCGACUUUGACGCCAAGCACGACCGCGGGCAGAAGGCGCCAGACGACAGGGUUGACAAGAAGUUUUGGAGCGGUGGCGACCAUCGCUAG